AUGGUGUCGGUGACACCUCGCUUUCCUGAAGCCGGUGAGACGAUCACCUCCUCAUCAUACUUUAUUAGCGCUGGAGGCAAGGGCGCGAACCAGGCGGUUGCCUGCGGGCGGCUAUCUCGUGCACAAUCAGCCUCGUCUACGUCUUCGGGCAAGGGUUCCGUGAAAGUGGAGAUGGUUGGCGCUGUCGGGGGAUUGGACGGCCACUUCGAUGCAUUAUUAAAGCCCACUCUCGAGAAAUCCGGUGUCGAUACAUCGCGAGUCAAGAUCCUCAAUGAUGCAUAUACGGGAGUGGCGGUGAUCAUUGUGGACUCAUCGGCUGGCGGGGAAAACCGCAUUCUCUUCUCGCCUGGAGCGAAUUAUCAAGGGAUGCAGCCUGAGCCGUCAGUGUUGGGAAUGGCAAUGGCAGCCCCAGUACCGGAUGUGAUUGUGAUGCAGGGAGAGAUCCCUGUUGAGAGUGUCGUCGGGAUACUCCGAGACAUUGGGGCUUGGAAAGCUAAGAACCGGGCGGAGGGUAAGCGAGGUAUUGAGGCCGGUCCUGAUGUCAUGUUUAACCCUGCGCCUGCCCCACCGGGAGGAUUGCCAGAGGACGUGUACGCGGCGGUGGACCACUUUAUCGUGAACGAGACGGAGGCCGAAUUGAUGACUCCACCGGCGGAGCAGCUGCUCAAGGUGGUUCCCGAUGCGGAGGGACUGAGCGGUGACGACAAGGUGGCUCGGUAUUUCCAUCAGUUGGGCGUGACGUACGUCCUGGUUACGCUGGGGUCUAAGGGUGUCUGGUACAGUGCUACUGAUGCCGGGACGUCUGGGCCGGCGGACAGAGUCAACCGCUUUACCAAUCAGAUCCCCGCUGCUAAGGUCACCCGGGUGCUGGAUACCACUGCGGCGGGAGAUACCUUUGUCGGCGCAUACGCGGUCGCGGUGGCCCGGUGGCGCGAACAACGGCGGGCGGAUGGCAAGGCCGGACAAGACUUAACAAGCGAGGAGAAGCCUAUUCGAUAUCAGAAGGUCAUGGAUGACGCCUUGGGAUUGGCGACACAGGCCUCAGCACGCUGCGUGGAGCGACAAGGAGCCAUGGACAGCAUUCCGUGGGAGGACGAGAUCUAA